AUGUCCGGCGCGCCAAUCACCCUCCAGCCCUGUCUCUUCUUCGAGACCCAGGCUGAGGAAGCGGUCCGGCGCUAUGUCUCUAUUUUCCCAAACUCCUCGAUCGACAAAAUCAACCACUUUACCUCCGCUGGACAAGAAAUGCACGGCCAGACCCCUGGCUCUGUCAUGUCCGUCUCCUUCACGCUCAACAACACCAAAUGGCUGGCCUUGAACUCGCGGCCCAAAGAAAUGGCCAUGACCGAGGCCGUCUCCUUCCUGAUCAUCUGCGAGGGCCAGGAAGAGAUCGACCACUACUGGGACAAUCUAACCGAGGGGGCUAGCGACGAAGACAAAAAGAGGCAGGUGUGCGGCUGGUUGAGGGACCGAUUCGGCGUCUCUUGGCAGGUGGUGCCACGCUUGGUGGCCGAUGUGAUGUCCAGUGGGGAUGAGAAGAGGAUGUCCGCGACGAUGGCCGCGUUCAUGAAGAUGGGCAAAGUUAUUGUCAAAGAUGUCGUCGAUGCGCUAGAGGCUGUUGAGGGUGCUGCGAAGGAAUAG